UGGUCGGUGGCCAAUAAUUCUCCUAUGUGUUGACUUUACCUGACUGGAUAACUUAACCUAAAACAGAUUUGUUUUCUCUCAUAAAUCAUUCUCUGGACCCACUCACCGACCUUCGAUUGCGAAAGUCGAGGAAAGCUAGAGAAAAUAAAACUAAAGCACGAAAAAGAGAAUAAUCAGGAGGAGUACAUGAACCAGAGGUACCCUCUAGAAGUCUUGCUCUCAGGAAAUGUUCUUAAUGGAAAUCCUAAUUCCAACUGUAAGAUGAUGAUGCCGACUUCGGAUUUGGCACAAGCACAUGCACAAGAUGAAACUAAUCAAUUUGGCUUCAUAAAAGGAUUCUUUGGUGAUGCACUUAAAGCACAAGCUGCUGCAUAUACCAGUUCUGAUUGGAAUAAUGCGUCCAACUUUGGUAUGGUGCAUGUUGGGGGCAAGAUGGUUCUUUCUACUGAGUCUGGUAUAUUGCCUGGUGUGGACUCUGGGAUGGCCAGUUCAACUAUUUUUCCAUGCAUGCAGUUUUAUAGGCCGUCUGGGGCUGAAUCUAAAUGUCCUUUCACUGUACAAAAUCAAUCUUAUUGUCCAGUAAAUGAACAAACUGCAGGUGGUCUUCCUCGGUUUCCUUUAGAAGAAUCACAGACAGAUUCCAAUGAUCUGUUGAAAUGGGCUAUCCAGCAUAAGAUUUUACUUGCUUAUAUCCAGUACAAGAAGUCAGUGGUGUUUAUGGGGGAUGCUCGAUUUUCUUUUGUGAACCAUAUGCAUUCAGCAGUCUGCAGCAAGUAUACCUGCAAAUGUGAACAAUUUUUCUCACUUGCAUUGCAUUAUGAUGGCUGUCAUGAUGCUGAUUGUAAUAUUUGCGGUCCUGUUUGGUAUAGCUCUGUCACCAAAAAACUUCACCCUAAGUUUGAACAUGUAAAAAGAUGUCUGCUAAGAGAUUCCGAUAAUGGAGAUUCUGGCCAGCCCGAAUGUGGUAGUUCAGAAACCAUGCAACCUUCUUUGAAGCGUUUGAAGGUGGAAAACCCUUCUUCUCCCAGCUUGCCUUAUAAUGGCAUGUUUUAUGCAACGGCUCCUUUGAAGGUUCAACCAUGUUAUCCCAAGCUUCCACCCUUGCUGCAAUUGCCAGAAUCUCCCGUAUCUUCUAAUUCUGAGGUUAUGGAGGGAAAAAUCGAGUUGCUACCAAAGCUUACGGAAGAUCCUACAAGCACUAAUGAGAUUGUUAAGGAUGUUGCAGAUAAUUCUCCUAUAUUGGCUACAAAGAGUUUUCCAGGUCCUUCAGAAGUGGUUGUCUGCAGUAGUAAAUUAGAGGAAACAGAUGCUGUUGGCAAUCAUAAAGAAGAGGAUAUGAACUUCAGAAAUGGUAAUGAUAUUGCAGACAAUUUAAUAGAUCACUCUAACAAUUUGGAAUUCAAUACUUGGCCCAGCUUCUCUGAAGGACCUCCAGCUGGUUGUGAAGAGGGAGGAACAGAAGCCAGGGCUAAUUCCAACCAGGCUGAGCUAGCUAUAGAAAAUGAGCUCAUUGCACAAGAAUCAAGUUGUGGAAAGGAAAUAAAGUUGGACAGUCUAAAAAUAAGAGGUUUGUCCUUAACUGAAAAUUUCACAGCACAGCAAAUAAAGGAACAUAUAUCAAGUCUUCGUCAGUGUAUUGGUCAGGAUAUGCAAAAGAAAGAAAGGGGAAAUGGAAUAGCCAAUGUUGACAGCGAGAACUCGUGCCAGUUGUGUGGAGCAGAUAAGCUUUCACUUGCCCCAGCACCAAUUUAUUGUUCAUCAUGUGGUGGUCGUAUCAGACACAAUGCAAUCUAUUACAGCACACCUGAAGAAAAUGACAUCAGACAUUUCCUUUGUACCUCAUGCUAUAAGGCAACUCGGGCUGAGAGUAUCACAUCUUCUGGGAUUGUUCUUUCCAAGGCAAAGCUGGUUAAAAAGAAGAAUGAUGAGGAAGUAGAAGAAUCGUGGGUUCAGUGUGAUAAAUGUGAAGGCUGGCAACACCAGAUGUGUGCUCUCUUUAAUGAUAAAAAUGAUAAGGAAGGAAAGGCUAAGUUCAUCUGCCCGAUAUGCUGCUUAAGAGAAAUUCAAAAUGGAGAACGUAUGCCCCCACUAGUGAGUACUGUUUUUGGUGCAAAAGAUCUCCCACGAACCAUGCUUAGUGACCACAUAGAGCAAAGACUCUUUAGGAGUCUUCAGAAAGAAAGAGAAAAGAAAGCACGGGUUACAGGAAAGAGCAUUUAUGAGGUUCCUGAAGCAGAAGGCCUUGUUGUCAGAGUGGUGUUAUCUGUUGACAAAUUUGUAAAGGUGAAGAAGCAGCUUUUAGAUAUACUUCAUGAUGAGAAUUACCCUGCUGAGUUUCCAUACAAGUCAAAGGUUAUUCUUUUGUUUCAGAAGAUUGAAGGGGUAGAUGUAUGCCUUUUUAGCAUGUAUGUCCAGGAGUUUGGCUCAGAAUGUGGUCAACCAAAUCAACGCUGUGUUUAUAUCUCAUAUCUUGAUUCUGUAAAGUAUUUUAGACCUGAGAGGGAAACUGCAGCUGGAGAAGCUCUUCGAACUGUUGUUUAUCACGAAAUAUUGAUAGGAUACCUUGAAUACUGCAAGAAACGGGGGUUUGCAACUUGCUAUUUAUGGGCCUGUCCACCUCUUAAAGGAGAAGAUUAUAUCUUAUAUUGCCACCCAGAGAUUCAGAAAACACCAAAGUCUGAUAAGCUACGGCACUGGUAUCAGUCCGUGCUACAAAAAGCUGCCAAAGAGAACGUAGUGGUUGAUAUGACAAACUUAUACGAUCACUUUUUUGUUUCCACUGGGCAAUACAACUCCAAGGUGACAGCAGCUCAUUUACCAUAUUUUGAUGGUGACUAUUGGUCUGGUGCUGCUGAGGAUGUGAUAAAGAAUAUUGAAAAAGAAAGUUUAGAAGACUCAAAAAAGAUGAGCAAGAAAAUUAUGUCAAAGAGAAUGUUAAAAGCCAUGGGACACACAAAUCCUUCUGGUCUUGCCACUAAGGAUAUUCUGCUGAUGCAGAAGUUGGGCCAAAAUAUUCUACCUAUUAAGGAGGACUUUAUCAUUGCCCACUUGCAGUUUGUCUGCACAUGUUGCCACAGACCUAUAUUAUCUGGAUGGCGAUGGUUUUGCGGUCUUUGUAAAAGCUUUCAGCUAUGUGAAAGGUGCCAUGAUGCAGAGAAAAAUAUCUACAAGGAAAGCUCUCACACGUUAUGUACCGGGGAAAAACAUUUACUGAGUAGGAUUAUGGUGGAUGCACCUUUGGAUACUGAUGAUAAAGACAUCAAUAUGGAUAAUGGUUUAUUUGAAAAUAGGCAUGGUUUUUUGAGCUUCUGUCAGAAGAACAAUUAUCAGUUUGACACACUUCGCCGGGCCAAGCAUUCCUCAAUGAUGAUCCUACACUACCUUCACUAUCCAACUGUGUUCACUGCUGGAACCACCUGCAGUAUUUGUUACAAGGACACACCAACAGACCAGUGCUGGCUAUGUGAGAUCUGCCCGAAUGUUGCUGUUUGUGCUGCAUGCUAUCAAAAAGAUUAUGGUUCCUUGCAUGUUCAUAAGUUGACUCAGCAUUCUUCGGCUGUUAAUUCUGACACCGAGAAUAGAGAGGCUCAGAAGAAGGAAUUACUGAAAACGCGAGUUCUGGAAGUUUUGUUGCAUGCCUGUCAAUGCCACUCUCGCUGCUCCUACCCAAAUUGCCUUCUCAUCAAAAAGCUAUUCUAUCAUGCAAAAGAGUGCAGUGUUAGGGCUGCUGGGGGUUGCCAGCACUGUAAGAAGAUGUGGCUCAUACUGAGACUGCACUCCAGAAAUUGUAAAGAAUCUGAUUGCAUCGUACCACGCUGCAGGGACAUAAAGCAGCAUGCAAAGAUUUUGGCACAGCAGUCUGAAACAUUAGGAAGAGGCUGCACAUGAAGAACACACCAAUAACAGGGCAGGCCCUUGGGAUUGAUCGGAGCACUUAGUAUCUCAAUUGUACAGUUAGAAUAGGAAUGUCACAACAUAAACAACUGCAUAACAUGUCAAAGAGAAAAAGUUGAUAGUCAGGUAGCUUGAGGUCAUGAAAUCAUUGUUUUUCUACCUGCCAUUGUUGUAUAGCUUCUUGUGCUUCAAUUUUGGUAUGAAUAGUUGGCCAUGACAAAAAAAUAUUGUUUUGGUAUGAAUGGAGUGGUAGGAGGUAUGUUUUAAGUUCAAGGAUAUUAAAAUUUUUGUUGAUGUUCAAGUGAUGUAGGAGAAACAAAACUGUUUAUUAAUAUAUAUGUUUGAAAUAACAGGUGCUGUAGUGUUUUAAUUAUACUAAGAUGUUUAUUUACAAAGUUUCUUAGUAGGGGAGUAAAUGA